AUCUUGCUUCUCGGUGAUUCUGAAUUUGGAAUGGAGUACACUCUCUUGGAUAGCCUUACCUAAGCUGUGCUUAUUUAUACCCUGUGUAGCAGUUCGUUCACGGAUCAUUUCUAUUGCUUUUCCCUUUUUGCUCAGUGUAAGCUUUCGAAGCUUUUUUUGCUCUUAAUUUUGAGCUUUAUUGUUUCUACAUGCUUGGCUAUGCUCUCCCGCUGUCUCUCUUUCUCUCUCUGACUGACUCUGGCCGCUUAUCACUUAUCAGCUGUUCCGAUGCUGAUGCGCUUUGUGCAGCCGGCACGGCACGGAACGGCACGUUAAAUAGUGCAAGUUGCCGCAAAGCUUUGCUCAAAUACAACUACAACUACCAUCGCAUCGACUGGCGGCCAGUGUGUGUUGGGGUCUCAGCUGCCGCUUGCCGCCUGCCGUGUCGUAGAGUCAUUUUGUUGGUUGUCGCGUUCGUGUGCGCGCACAGAAAACAGCAGCAGCAGCAGCAGCCAGCAGCAGUCGCAGUCGCAGUCGCAAUAAUAGCCACAAUAUAGUAUUCCACUGAAAUCCCCCAGUUCCGAAUCAUCUGCCGCUGCAGUUGCAAGUGGAGUGCGCCGGCCAUAACUCAGCCAAUAAUCAUACAAUAUAAUCAUAAGCAACAGCAGUUGGCUGAAUUGCAUUUUGUUAAAUCGACGAUGGCUGUGUGGAAUGCAAUUUGACGAUUAUAUAAUUGAUACGAUGUUGCCUUAAAACCAAUAAGAAUCCAACAACAAAACCAACAAAAGUUAACGCAACGUUUCUAAAACAAUAAUAACAAUAAUCCCAUAAGCACAAAAAAAAACUCAAAAAAAAAAAACAAAUUUGUUAAAAAAAAAUUCUAACCAAAAGUGGCCUGCAAAACGAGGAGGAAGAAGCAACAAAAGAAGCAACCAAGAAAUGUGAUUCCCAGUGUGAAAUGUAACCAAAGACGUGAACAAUUCUGUUUGAUUAUUAGCCAAAGGAAAGCAACGGCCAAAAGCAAACCUAAAACCAAACAAAGUCAAGCCAAAAGCAGAAGCAGAAGCAAAAUCAGAAGCAAAGGAAGUGGCAAAAUCCAGUAGCCAAAUGGAAAUCAAGGAAUCCUCAAGCAAAUCAAACAGCAGAUUAGCAGCAGCAGCCACUAGCGUGGCCAAUGAUUAAGGGCCGGGACUGUUAGCCGUUCCGUAGUAAUCGUAGCAGCAUCCCCCCGUCCACCCACACGCCACUCGCCACUCGCCACACGCCACACGCCACGCCGCCUUCACCGCGCUCAAUGCCCGGACAGCAGACGUUAGCGCAACAAUUAUAGAGUAGCAACAGACCAGCAGCAGCCGCAGCAGCAGCAGGCAGCAGCAGACAACAUUCAUCCCGAAGACACAUCCCCAGCCACACCGCCCCACAUCAUCAUGGACAUCAAGAUUGAGCAGCAGCAGCAGCAACAACAACAACAACAACAGCAGCAGCAGCAGCAGCAACAGCAAGUGGAGCUGGGUCCCUGCUCGCCGUCGGAGGUGCCCAAUGAUCCUGGCAAAAUGUUCAUUGGCGGCCUCAGUUGGCAGACGAGUCCAGAGAGCUUACGCGAUUACUUUGGACGCUAUGGCGAAAUCUCAGAGGCUAUGGUCAUGAAGGAUCCCACGACGCGUAGAUCCAGAGGCUUUGGCUUUGUCACAUUCAGCGAUCCAAAUAGCGUGGAUAAGGUACUCACCCAAGGCACACACGAGCUGGAUGGCAAAAAGGUCGAUCCAAAAGUAGCUUUUCCGCGACGUGCACAUCCCAAGAUGGUGACGAGAACGAAGAAAAUCUUUGUGGGCGGCCUCUCGGCACCCACCACCCUGGAGGACGUCAAGAGUUAUUUCGAACAGUUUGGACCGAUCGAGGACGCCAUGCUGAUGUUCGAUAAGCAGACCAAUCGGCACAGAGGUUUUGGCUUCGUUACAUUUCAAAGCGAAGAUGUGGUAGACAAAGUUUGCGAAAUUCAUUUCCAUGAGAUAAACAACAAAAUGGUCGAGUGCAAGAAGGCGCAGCCAAAGGAAGUGAUGCUGCCGGCCAACCUGGCCAAGACCCGUGCGGCCGGCCGCUCUGCUUACGAUAACAUCAUGUGGGGUCUGGGGACAUUGCCCGAAGGCUUUCCGGCAGCUGCUUAUGCUGCCUAUGCCGCUGGUCGCGGAUAUUCGGGCUAUCCCUCCUUCGGACUCCCCUAUCCGACUGGCUUGACCAUUUGCGGCAUCGGUAGGAGUUACGGUGCCGCAUGUAGCGCGACACCGGGCCGCAGCAGAGCCGCCCCGGGCGGUGCCUCUGCUGUCGGUGGUUCUUCGGCGGCUGCCGUCUCACACGGCCCGCCCCAGUCGGGAUAUCAUCAACAGGCGCUGGCCCUGCCGCUUGCCACGGCGCUGACAGCCCGCUCGGCGGCCAUCAAAUCACAGUUUCUGGGCAACAUAAAUUUCUAAGUGUGCACAGAGCCGAGCCGAGCCGAGCCGAAACCGAAUCGAAUCGAAAAAGUCUGACAAUGAGAGGCAGUCGUGACACAGAACAGAGAUAGCCAGAGAACAAGGCCCUGCAAAGUUUUUGAUAAACAUUUCUAUUCUCAUUGCCAUUUUUGUCUCUUCCUCCUCGGUCUCCACGACAACGACACGCUAUCCAAAUAAAUCAUUUGUACAAGUGACAAGUAGGUACAGCAAUCAAUAACAACCACAACUGCAACAGCAACUGCAACAGCAACAGCAAGUGCCACAAGUGCCACAAACAGCCAUAGCUUAGCCCCAUAUCAACGGUAAUGGUACGAGUAACAACUGAAACUGAAACUAAAACUGAAACCAAAACUAAAACUAAAACUAAAACUACAACAGCAAUAACCGCAUCCAGAACACGAAGAAACGAGCCUUAAACUCGAUAGAAGCGAACGAAUGAAAACUAACCCCAGAGAUUCGAAGAGAACUGCAUUGAAUAUGUGCCUUCGAAUCCAUGUAAUCCACACACACACACUUAGAUCUGCGGUCUGCAAAUAGCUGACACACACACACACACACCUAUAGCUGACAACAUAUAGCCUCUCGUUCCACUUACCCCCCUAUAUCGAACUAUUACCGAGUCAGUAUUAGCUGGAAUCCCUAAGUAGUGACUAGAGUUAUCCACGUAUCACUUACAUACAAACAUGCAUACCACAUGUACGCCCCACUUAGAGGGCUAUUGUAUCAGCAGCUAGCACCCGUACUAAUCUCUAAUCUCUAGCCUCUAGUCUCUAGUCUCUAGCCCUAGAGCAGUUCCAUAGCCGUGAAUGCAAUGAUUGAACGUACCGUACUAUAACCGUGUAGAACCGUUUAGGCUUAGAUCUAGGCGAACAUAAUCACAUAAGCGCUAAGCGAUAAGCGAUAAGCGACAAGCAUAACCAUAUAUACGUACUAUACAAUACUAUACUAUAUAUCGCUCUAUAGACACUAGAGAACCCUAGCAGUAUCUACCUACUAUAUCUACAAUAUAAAAACGUAUACAAACUGUACUCACACACACACACACAUGAAUCUCUCUGCCAUUUGUACCCUUUGGCCUGGCCCUGGCCCUGGUUCUGGCCCUGGUUCUGGCCCUGGUCCUGGUCCCCAUUUGUAUUCGUACUCGGAUCGUAUACCGAUUCUACAUCCACACGAACACACACAUUUAAUAUUUAUAAAACUAUUUUACCGUAGCAUUUAAAUGCAAAUUUCAUUUGUAGUCCUCCCUGUAUGUACUAUGCAUAAAUUAGUUGCUGCUUCCCACAAUUGGAACAACAACAACAACACAACACAACACAACAGCAGCAGCAACAAUUUGGAAUUUCGAAUUUCGAAUAAAAUGCACAUGGAAUAACAUUUAGAUAACGACAAAUUUUAGCAGGCCUGUCACACAUGUAGUGCCAUUAUUAUCCUUUAAUUAAUUUGCUGCAUAUUAUGUAUGAUAUUUACUCUGUUUUUUUUUUGUUUUUUUUUCGCUUUGCCUUUUUGUUUGUCUGUGUUUUUGUUUUUGCCUUUCAUUC